CACUGCUGAAGGAAACAAAAGGAGGAGAACUCAGAACUCGGUGAAAGAGAAUGAGCUAAGUCUGACAGAGAGAGAAGCCGACGAGAAAAACAUUUUUACUUAAGUGCUAUCAGUAUGCAUUAUAUUACACUCAAGACUUGGAUAAAGUCAGUUUAAAUUGAUAAAAAGAAAAAGAAUACGUGACAUUUCAGGAUCUCCUUAGAAAAUGGACCUUUGAAAAUACUUUUACUUCAGGUGCGCUGAAGUGCUGUGAGUAUAGAGAGAAACGACAUUUAAAGGUCAGAGAAGAGAAGUCUGACCGGAGGUUUGUAGCGAUGGCGAAAGGUUGGACUUUGCCGCUGAUCGUUCUCCUAAGUGUCUUUAUUGCAAGAAGUCAGACAAGAGGAAAUCAAGACACUGCUUCAAGUCCACAUAAAGAUACUGCACUUAACCAACUGACAGUUUUCAAAGAGCGGACCUUUAUCCUGGGCAGUGAUGUGACUUUAUGGUGUGGUAACACCACUGAUAUCAAAUGGAGUGAAAUGAUUUAUAUCGUCUGGAACAUCAGCCUGCAAGACAGGAAAUGUUGGCUUGGUUUAUCACCCAAGCUGGACAACAAUUGUAAAGAUGGAAAGAGGCUGUACAACACCUCAAAUGCAGUUUCUUUAUUAAUUCCCAAUAUUACAAUACAAGAUGAAGGCUUUUACUAUUGUGAUGUAUCAUAUAAAGGAGGAAGCUAUGCUGUAAAUGUGUCUGUAAGCGUUACCCAACUUUCCACCCAUCUGGACAGUGAAAACAAUCAAAGGAUUGCCGUCUGUCGGGCCAUAUAUAAAAAGACAGCACCCAGUCUUCAUUGGGAACCUGCUUUGAACCUUUCAUCUGAUAUCAGCUCUGUUGAGAAGCUCGGCAGGUUUUUUAUGGAGAAUCGAGUAUAUCUUCCAGAUCACGUCAGCAUCGGUGAGAUCACCUGUGUGUCCACAUACCCCUCAGAGUCCGGCUCGGUGCGGUACAAGAGCACGCUGGAUCUCAAACUGAAUUCACUGAACGGAAUGCAGUCCUCUUCGAAACACAGUCCAUCGGAAAUUAUUGCCAUAUCGGUUGGUUCUGUCUGCUUUGUUCUUGUAUCUCUGGCCGUGGUUUACGUGCUCUGCAGAAAGCUGAACGACUUAAGCGCACUGAAGACGCUUUGCUGCAAAUCCAAAAUCUCAACGCCGGCCGAAGACAAACCACCCCAGCCCGCUGACGUUGAAGAGGUGGAACCCUACGCCAGUUACAUACAGAGAGUCAACUCCAUCUACAACUCUUCGGCUGAACUCUUCAACGCCUGAGGCACGCUCGCGUUCUAUGAUGAAACAGGAUACCAGAAGAGAGCUGAGGGCAAAGAUAUGAUUGUGGUCAAAAUUACACAUGAAAAACAAUACUAGUGGAAAAAUAGUCAUCUCAAGAGAGCAUCCCCGAAGCAAGCAGCGCCUGAAUGAGGAGCCGAAGUCGCACUGACUCAAAAGAUGAAAGGUGAUGACAAAGGAACAUGCAAUGAGGAACAACUGGAAUGACUUCAGCGCCAGCGAUAUCACUAAUAUGUAGAUUUGUAGAAAACGAGCCUGGUUAGUUAUUAGUCAUCUGAAGUAAUCAAAUUUGUAAAUAGUUAUUUAUAUCAUUAAUCAAACAUCAGAUGCAAGCGAUGUUUUUCUCGAUAAAUACUAAGUAGGCCAAAUGUAGAGAACCUGUUUUACGUUGCACACGAUUAAGAGUAUGUAAAUAAACCUUUAUUGUGCUUUUAA